AUGUCAGAAACAACCUCCUCCUCCGACCCCCCACCAGGCUCAGUGAACAUCGCCUCCCUCUCCGUCCCGCAACUCCGCGCGCUCCAAACCCGCCUCUCCUCAGAACUCGAGCACCUGACCACCUCGCACGCGAAGCUGCGCGCCGCCCAGCUGAAAUUCAAGGACUGCGUGCGCUCCAUCAAUGAGGGAGUGGUCGGAUCCACGAAAAAGGGCACCGCGGGCCAGGAGGAUAUUCUGGUGCCGUUGACGAGCUCGUUGUAUGUGCGCGGCAAGUUGGCGGAUCGCGAGAAGGUGCUGGUUGAUGUGGGAACGGGGUUUUAUGUUGAGAAGACGGCUCCCAAAGCCAUCGAGUUCUACGAAGACAAGGUCAAGAGCCUAGAGACAAACCUCACCGAGUUGGAGAAGAUCGUCCAGACAAAGAGUCAGCAGCAGAGGCUUUUCGAAGAUGCUCUGAGACAGAAGCUACUUACCGAGGGUGCUGCGUCCUCCGCCACUGCCACUGCCGGUGCAGGUUAAUCAGGUGGCCACAAUUAGGUACAGAAACACAGAAGGAAACAAUGGCAUCAAUACAUUCAUCGCCAUAAUUUGAAGCAGCAAAUCGAAAAGAAAUCGUAGCUUUCCAAUGCAGAUAGCGGUAAGCCUACCCUAGAACAAAGUUCCGAGGUCCGCAUCUAGAGCCCUAGCAUUGCCGCUCGACGCCGGGCUCGCCGAACGGCCGUUGGCUUCCUUUGAAGUUACGGUGCUUUUGACGGUGGCUGGCGGCCCAGACCCGAGGACAGCUGCAACUCGCUUGACCAAAGCCACGAAUUCCCAGAGCCCCUGGGAUUUGUCGUCUGUCUCGAUCGAGGCUGGGAAAAAAGUCUGAAGAGUCGGGUCAUAUCUCGCUGUCUGUCCAACAGACAUAUUGGCAUGCUUUCCAAGCAAGUUGUCCCAGGCAAAAUCAAAGAUUGAUGCUCCCCAUGAAAUGCGAGGUUUUUCUUCAAAAGUUGCUGCUAGAUUCAAGGAAGCUGGAC